AUGUAUGAUUUUAUGGAGUAUUGUCUACGACGAUACUAUCGAUCGUCAGGCUGGAAUGAAGAAAACCAAUACUCCAACCUCUGUUCUUGGUCGCGCGCUCUUUUAGACUUUUAUACACCAUGUGGAUUGUCACUUCAUCUCUCGAAAUUACCGACACCUUUAUUCAAACCAUCCUACACAAUGAACGCCAUUCCAUCCCUAAAUGGCAACAUUGGAUACCUUUAUACCUCUAGACCUCUUGAAAUUGGAACCAGUGCAACAGUAGAUUUCAAAGACCUGGUCGAUCGUUUCCGGGUUGUCCAGGCAGCACCAACAUGGAACUCACAAGACAAUGACUAUUUGGUCUAUGGGCGAAUGUUUUUUCCUGGCGCAAGAUUGGAAGCCAUGGCUGUACGUCGUCUAACCCAAAACUUGCAGUAUCUCAUCACAGCUGUCAAUCGUCCAAAAUCGCAUGGUCUUCCUCAAGUAAAUCCUAAUAUAUAUAUAUAUAUCACACGCAUAUUUAUUGCUAUGCAACUGCAAUACGAUGUUGGAAGAUGGUGCUCCGAAUGUUCUUAUACCACCGAUGAUGGUCUACUUGGUAUCCGUGCGCUGUACAACUUUGGGCAGCCUGUUUUGAAUGAUGUAAAAUCCAAUCAUGUUUAUUCUGGCCAAUGGUCCAUUGGAACCGAAAUAUAUUAUGGAACUUUGGACAAGAGUGGAGGAUUAUCUACGGGACUACGUUAUCGAACCCACCCUUGUUCUUCAUCUCCUCCCAUAAGUGUAACCUACACUCUAAAUCCAAUUGUAGGACACAUGUCAACUGCUUAUGUUGCCCAGGUUUCAGAAGAGUUGGCUUUGUGUUCCCGGUUUGAUUUCAGCAUAUAUUCUUACGAGAGUGACCUUGCACUUGGGUUCGAGUAUCGAACAAAAAAGAAGAAUGUGCCACGUGCAGUCAAGAAAGAGAGCAACGGGAUCAUUACUGUCACUGCAGCAGACAAGACAGAAAAAUUAGAAGGAUUGAUGAAAGCCCGCCUAGGAUUCUCAGAGGGAUUGGCAUUAAUGUGGGAAGGUCGAUUCAAAAACACCUUGUUCAGUGUCGGACUCACGGCUGAUCUGACCAACCGAACAAAUCCUAUCCGUACUAUUGGAAUAGAAGUACAAUACUUCUCC